GCAGCUCCUGUCCCUUACGUCUCUUUGUGGGGAAACAGAGGGAACACUUUCUAGAGCAUAACUGGAGACAGAGACACAGAGUUCCAGGCAGGACGCCCAGGGUUCCAGCCUACAGCCACCCCUGGCACAGCCCUGAGGGGGACAGCUCCCACAGAGCACCUUGGCCAAGAGGUCCACGAAAGGAGAAGAGACGCUAAUCAACUGGACCGUCCCAGAAAGUGAGAUGAGAGUUGAUGAUAUGAAUGAUGUGAAUCCAACUGAUCAAUGUGGGAUCUGAACCCUAAGUGAGAGGUGUAUUGAGUGUGUUGUCUAAAGUAAACGUUUUCUCUUGAAAAGUUAGGCUGAAGCAUCGAAGUAUCCAGGUUACAAGGAUAAAAGCUCAUCGAGAGAAAACAAGAGAAAGGACACUUCAGCUGAGAAUGUAUGCAUUUUCAAGGUUCUUUUUCACGUCUUGAAUUGCCCCAUUUGUAUUCUUAAUUCACCACCCAGCGUUUAUCUUAUUUUUUCAGCUGUCUGUAAAGCAGCAUGAAAAGACUCCAUUGAAAGCACUUUCUGCAAGCUGGAUAAUAUUCCUUUCUAAACCCUUGAAACUUUCGCAGACGUCUACAGAAAAAAGAAACCUAUAACGAGAAUAAGAAAAACAAUGCUGUGCUGGAUCCCAUAUGAGUACGAGUCGCUGACUGGACUUUUAUGAUUGGAGAAGAUACAGGAGUGAAGAGAUGUAUUCCGACUGUGGAGUUGGAGUGGCCAGCAUUCAAAGACAGUAUCAGGUCAGGGACUCUGUCAGACCAUACACCGGACCUGGAGGGAAUACACAGGUCCCAAUGGAAACUGGUGUGACCCCAGCUAGGUGCCCAGUAUAUCAGGUUCAGCCUUACAGUGGGCAGCCCUCCUGCACUGUCAACAGUGUUUCCAACACACAGCCCACUCCGGUGCCUACACAUCUAACUCCACCUCCCGCCGCACUCAAACCGGGCCAGGAUGGGUUCAAGAAGGUUUGUCGCACAGAGGAGGCCAGCCCGUGCCCCUUCCCAGGAUUGGCCUCAGGAGUACUGGAGAUGCGUGUCAAGGAGGGCAGUAAGAUCCGUAACCUCAUGGGUUUUGCCAUGGCUCGCAUGCAGGGGGAUGUCAGUGGUGUUGGGGUUAGUGGAGGCGGUGGCCUGAGGCAGGUUGUUUUCUCUGGGUCAGGUCGUGCCGUCACCAAGACCAUCACAUGCGCUGAGAUCAUGAAGAGAAAAGUGGGGUCUCUGCACCAGCUGACCAAGCUGCGCUACAAGGGUGUGAGGGAGGUGUGGGAGAGCAAAGAAGGGGGGGCAUCGGAGAUGACUGUUCACAGGACCGUCCCCUCCAUCAGCAUCCUUUUGUCCAAAGACCCCCUGGACCCGCAGGAGCCCGGCUACCAGCCCCCUGAGACCCUCAGUGCUCUCUGGGAGGACAGAGACGGUGUGGAUGCCCUACAGACAGCCAGCAAGAGACCUCUUGGUCUGUCCCCAUACAGUAGUUUCCCUGACUCUAAGAGAGUGUGUCUGAGUCUGGACGAGGGGACUCUGGCUCUGUCCACCCCCCUGGCUAACUGACUGACUGAACUGGUAUCAAACAGUCGAGUGGGAAGGAUCAGAGGAGUUCAUUCUGCACUGCCCUCCACUCAAGCACAGUGCUGAAACAAUCAGAACAUUCACUCAGACAGAACAGUGCUUUCUGAGGAGAACUGAGCACCCUGCCCACCCCAUCCUCCAGAGGUCAGUCAAAAUAGGACCUGAAAGCUUGUCUUUGUAGGUACAACAUUUAUUGAACCCAUUUCUCAGCACAAUCAAUCGUUCGCCUUUGUGCCCAGAAAUACUUCAUGUCAUCAUACUAUAUGUCACACUGUAAAAGCUUAGACAUGACAGCACACUUAUCACAUUUUAAAUCAUCAACACAACAAAACACAGAGCGACCAAUCACCCAAGAUCCCAGAUUUCUGCUUUCAGUAGACUGACAAUACCUUUUGAACAUUAUCGUUAUGUUUUCCUAAUUAUAUCCUACAACUGCAAAUCUGUUCAAAUGCACAAGGUAGGUCCACAAUAUUGUAAUGAAUACACAGAAUAUCUACACUCCCCUCCGUAUAUAUUUGGACAGGAAAGCUAGCAUGUUUCAUUUGGCUCUACACGCCAGCAUUUUGGAUUUGAGAUCAAAUGUUUCAUAUGAUGCAACAUAGAGUAUGUCACCUUUUAAUUUGAGGGUAUUUUCAUACAUAUCCGUUUUACCAUUUAGAAAUGAAUGCACUUUAUGCAUCUAGUCCCCCCAUUUGAAGGUGUCAUAAGUGUUAAAGGCACUUACAAUAGUCUACAUUUUAUACACUAUAACACAAUAAGUGAAUUUGUCCAAAUACUUAUGGCACCUUCAAAUGGGGGGACGAUAUACAUAAAGCGCAUUCAUUUCUAAACUAUCCAUAAUAUGACAAAUGUAUCAUGUUUUCAAAUAUCCAAACAUUCAAAUAAACUAUAUG